UAUAUAACCCUGGUUUCUACCAAGCUACUUGGAAAUUGGAAUCAUAUUCUUGGCUUCAAAAUCUGCGAUUGCGUUUAUUUGCAGAACUGAAAAAUGCCUUUGAAGGUGUUAACCGCAACAGUUUCGACCUUUAAUUCUGUGUUUGAGAAGUUCCGAUCAGAGCUUCCUCAAAACAAAUCAAAUUUCGUUCUCUUCUUGGCUGAUAAUGAUCCUUCUACCUCUCUCAGCUGGUGCCCUGACUGUGUGAGAGCUGAGCCAUUGAUUUUGAAGAAGCUAGAGGCUUCACCUAAUGAAAUUGCACUGUUGAAGGCUUAUGUUGGAGACAGACCAACAUGGAGGAACCCACACCAUCCAUGGAGGGUGGAUCCUAGGUUCAAGCUCACUGGUGUGCCAACUUUGAUCCUUUGGGGGAAUGAUGCUGUCACAGGUCGCCUCGAGGAUCAUGAAGCUCACCGUGAGGACAAAAUUGAAGCUCUUGUUGCUGACAAAUGAUUGUCGUUGUGUCUCGAAUAGUUUCUAUCACCAUGUAGUUUAAACUCUUUGUGCUGUACUCUGUAUGUGGCUUUACUAGUAAAGCAUACAUGUGUAUUCUGAAUGUUGAGUACUAAUAAUGUUCACAAGGAAAUGCUUGAAUAAUAUUGCAGACA